AGCGCACCGCCGGCAGAGGCAGCGCGGGCACCCGGGUACAGGCGCCCGUCUAUCGGCUCCGGUUUGAAGUGAUCAACGGUCAUGACAAGUGUGUCACCUCCUUCUUCAUCUUUUGCUCCAAAUUGGCAGGAUACGCCGCUCCGCAGCCACCCGGUGCCGGGGGGAAAUAACGGGCUGAAUCCCUUUUUUUAUUAUUUAUUUGCUGGCGCUUUUGCGUUAUUGGAAACGUGAUCGGACCUGGCUGAUCGAUCGAGCCCAUCAUGGAUUAACACACGCAAAGACGGCGCAAAUAAAAAGUUCCAGAUGCUGAACAUGUCCACCCCCAGUGAGCUCAAAUCUGCCUGUGUCACAAGGAACGGCAUGGUCAAACUGCCCCCCCAGCCCAACGGCCUGGGCUCUGCUAGCAUCACCAAGGGUACCCCUGCAGCCAAGAACCGCCUGUGCCAGUCCUCCUCUGCAGCACCCACCAUCCUGCCCCCACCCAGUCUGCCCUACCGCAUGGAGGCCCCACCGAUGGCAGCCUCCUUGCUGGGACCGGACCUUUCGGAGCACCCCCACCAGCUCCGCAAGUUCCCCAGACCCACCCCCCAGGAGUGGCAGCUGGCGCUGGAUGAGAAAGUUCUGGACCGGCUGUUGUGGUACUUCACCACAGCCGAGAAGUGCAUUCUGGCCCAAGUGUGCAAAACCUGGCGCAAGGUUCUGUACCAGCCGAAGUUCUGGGAGGGGGUUACGCCUGUGCUUCACACCAAGGAGCUCUACAACCAGCUGCCAGGGGGCGAUAAGGAGUUCAUCAACCUGCAGACAUUUGCCCUGCGCGGGUUUCAGGCCUUCUGCCUGGUGGGCGUCUCAGACCUGGAUAUUUGCGAGUUCAUUGACAACUACCCGCUGUCCAAGAAGGGCGUCAGGUCUGUCAGCCUCAAGAGGUCCACCAUCACAGACGCAGGGCUGGAGGUGAUGCUGGAGCAGAUGCAGGGUCUGAGGCACCUGGAGCUGUCGGGCUGUAACGACUUCACGGAGGCAGGCCUCUGGUCCAGCCUGAACGCACGCCUCACCUCCCUGAGCGUCAGCGACUGCAUCAACGUGGCGGAUGAUGCCGUGGCCGCCGUCUCGCAGCUGCUGCCCAACCUCUCGGAGUUAAGCCUGCAGGCCUACCACGUGACCGACACGGCCAUGGCCUACUUUACCGCCAGGCAGGGCACCGCCACGCACACGCUGCGCCUGCACUCCUGCUGGGAGAUCACCAACCACGGCGUGGUGAACAUGGUGCACAGCCUGCCCAACCUGACGGAGCUCAGCCUGUCCGGCUGCUCCAAGAUCACCGACGACGGCGUGGAGCUGGUAGCCGAGAACCUGCGCAAGCUGCGCAGCCUGGACCUGUCCUGGUGCCCCCGCAUCACCGACGUGGCGCUGGAGUUCAUCGCAUGCGACCUGCAUCGGCUGGAGGAGCUAGUGCUGGACCGGUGCGUCCGGAUCACCGACACUGGCCUGGGGUACCUGUCCACGAUGUCCUCCUUACGUAGCCUCUACCUGCGGUGGUGCUGCCAGGUGCAGGAUUUUGGGCUGCAGCACCUGUUUGGCAUGAGGAACCUGCGGCUGCUGUCCCUGGCAGGCUGCCCCCUGCUGACCACCACCGGACUAUCUGGCCUCAUUCAGCUCCAGGACCUGGAGGAGCUGGAGCUGACCAACUGCCCAGGUGCCACCGCCGAGCUCUUCAAGUACUUCUCCCAACACCUGCCGCGCUGCAUGGUCAUCGAGUAGCAGAGGGGGCGGGGGGCAGGGCGCGCCACGCGCUCACCCACCGGAAAGCUUUCACCGCAAAAAAAAACCGAACCCCGACUAACCUAUUUCAUCCAGAGCCUGAAAGGGAUGUGAGAGAGAGGGGAGCGAGGAAGAGGGCGGCGUGGAUGGCAGAGGCGAGGGCGCGAGGGAGAGCCCCGGGCGGCCCGCCGAAGGGGAGCCGCUACUCGGGAACCGGCAUGCAGGGCGCAGGGAUUAACGCAUCGCUCACAUGACGACCGGGGCACGCCGCCGGUCAAAUGCAACGGAACCUUGGCUGCGGUGUGGCGCCACCCUAUGGUUUUGUAACAUUUUUCGCAGCGAAGAUGGUGCCUAGAGAUUCCUGUGACAUCAUCAUGUGGGGGUUGGGGGGGGGGGUCACGGACGUUUCCCAUUUCCAUACCUUACUGUAAAAUGCGAAAGGAAACCGGAACUCGAAGAGCGAAUUAACAGGUGACUCCAUUCUGCACCGAAGCUGCACGCCAACCUGCUCAUCGUCAUGGAGAUUUUUUAACAUUAUUUUUUAUAUGUAAUUAUUUAUUUACUUUUUUUGAUGAACCCAGCCAGAUGGCCAUGAAAUCUUGCUUUUUUUUUUUGAAAGAAAAGGAAAUCCGAGCCAAGAUAUGGGUGCUGAAUGUGGGGAGGAUUUUAUCAGAAGUUUGGCGGACAGAGGGGGGGCUUCAGGAUUGACAGAUUAUUGACUGGAUCUUAUUUAUGGUCAUGAGGGCCUGUACAUACAGUUAUCUCUGCGCCAUUAUCUUUCUAAUGUUCUCUUAAGCUCAUUUUGACGUCAUUUAACAUGAUAUGGUUCCAGUCUUACCUACGAUGCACUGUGUUUACUUGUACGGUUACCAGCGUAAAAUGGCGGCUUGGACAACGUGGCAGGGCAGAGGCCAGGCUAAGCGUGUGAGCGCCCCCAGUGGGGGGGGGGGGGGGGGGGAGGGCCGCAGAGGGAGGAAGCACUCACUGCAGCAGCCCCAGGUGGAUGAUGAGGCUGCUGUUGUGCACAGACCGGCUUCCUCUUCGUUAACAGCAGGAGGCGCAAGCGCAGAGGUUGGCGAUGACACCCCCCCCCCUGCUGAGUGCCUGAACACCGCUUCCUCUGUACCCUAGACCACUCCAGCUCCCCCUGCUGUCCUCUGACAGUAACUACCCCUGAUUUGUUUCCCCUGUUUCUGCCCUUUUCCCCUCCCUUUUAUCUGCCUUUUUCCCUAUCUGUCGUUUCUACCCCCUGUUGAUCUCCGGUGUCUCUGCUCCUUCGCUUUCAUAUUCCUCCCUGUGUCGCCCCUUUAUUUCCAGGGACACCAGCUUUCAGCCCAGAUUCCUCUGCCUCUGUGACAUGGGCUGUGUUUUUUUCUAUAUGCCCCCCAUCGCAUGGGGUGGGGGGGGUUACAUGAGAGGCCAAGUACGACAGAUUCUCCCUACACAUGACAAGGAGCUCAGUGGGGGCCACGUUUACAUUAUCCUUCUGAACUUUGCCUGCCGGUGACAGAGUCACAGGAGAAAAUCCUCCUUCAGGGUUAAUAAGGUCUGAAACACAGCUGCUGUGAAAUAAACUAUAUAUCAAAUAAAAACAUGCCGUUACUCUCAAACAGCUCAUAGCUACUUCCGCUCUGAAUGUACAGCUUUAACUCUUGAAAAGAGAUCGCUAUAACUUGCAAAUAUGUAUUUAUUUAUUUAUUGACUGAUUUAUGAAUCGCGUAAAAGACGCAUCUCUUGACCACGGAUAUAUUAAGGGUUCAUAACGCCCCCUUGUGGUGGCAGUGGUUAUAGGUUCAUAACUUGGCUGUUAGAGGCUGCCAGUGUGUUGGUGUGGCUAAUCCUUCCUUCGAUUACCGCCGUGGUUGGACAAAAAGGCAGAACUCCCGAUGGAUCUCAUUUUGAAGUGACAGCUCGGCUUACACUGAGUAUCACCCUGGCUAACCUAAACACCUGUCUCGGCACUUAUAUUUUAAGCAAUUAGUUCCUCUUUUUAUUUACUUGUUAUUGAGUCGGAGUGCGGUUGUUCAGUUAAUUUAUGAACAAAUGUAUAUGUUUAUUGGCUGAGGUCCAGAAAUGUGCUUUCGUGUACAAGAGCAGCUUCAACAAGCGUAAGUUUAGCACAGUAACGUUGCCCCAUAGAUUUCGGUGUGUUAAUUAAGCCCCGGGUGUUGUCUUGCUGGAAGACUAUAUGCUGAGGUUUAAAACUGAUAUGCUCGAAGCCUGUCGCUAUGGUGCCAAUGAUAUAUAUGGGUGUUUUGAGUAGGACCAUAGAUUAUUCAACAGAUCAGAGUCCAUUAUGAAGAUAUCGUUGUCUCAGGUCGCUUAUCAGAUGAGAAACAGAUGGAGCUGGAGCUGGUCACGUGAGCAGAGGGGCCAGCGGUGGACAGCUGCCGACAGCUGUGGUCCGUGACGGGCUCGGCCUGAUCUGGCCGCUUUUCUAGUUUACUAAGUACCGGGUGGCGUGAUUUUGAGUCAGCACCAGCAUCGCAAUAGCUGCUGUGCCCGUUGGUCCGGAGGUGGUUUAAAUGAUUUGGACGGAGACCAAGACAGUCAUUUAAUCACGCAUGCUUUGGAGACAAAUCUGAACAACCGCACGCUUGCCAGCAUGAGCAGUGUUUCAGGUAUUUAUUGCCUCCUGGUCUAUUCACUGCGGGCAAAAUUGGACUUGGGAUCGAGACUUUAACUGGAGCCCAAACAGCAAACUUGCUAUUCACCCAGAUACAUUCGUGCGGGGGAUAUAGGCUACAUGAACCUGUUAAUAUUUCUUACGGAGACACGGUGCAUAUAAAUUGCUAACACGUGAAGAAAAAAAUGACAUUUACAUUGACACGGGUUUUAUAACUAUUAUGGGAUUCUGUAUGCUGCGCUUUUAAAAUCAUGCUCUGUAGGGCCGGUGACGGACGGGCGGAAUGACAGCGCCAUUUAAUAACUCUUGUUACUAUAUUUGUGAGCCUGUCGGUGCAGGGAUAAAAUACUAAAUUAUCACAACAUAAAUUUGUUGCACCUGUUAUGGCUGUUUUGUGCAUAUGGAAAGGGCGAUUAAAAGGCAGUAUUAACGGGAAGUUCAAUAAAUCCCUUUCGUAACGAAACGGCAGAAUUCAAUAGUGCAGAAUUGCAAAAUCGGGUUGUUCCUUAGUGUUAUAACCUUAACGGACCUGUAUCGGUUCCGACUUGUAUUUCCAGAAUUUUGUUCAUUAAGAAUAUCAUAGUCUAUGGUAACAACAACAAAUAAAUUACAGUUUUAAAAAUGAAAGAACUUGCACUCAAUGGUUUGUGGUGAGAAAAUACCUGGGAAAUCACUGUUUUGUAUAAAGCACAGCUUAAGCAGCCCCAUGAUGACGGGAUGAAUAAGAAAGCAUUAAAUACAAUUGCCCCUGCGGGUUCGUUGUGGAAGGUGUGAAAACUUCUUCCAAGAUGAGCAGGCAGGCAUUACCAGUGCCAUCUUCAAUUGUGUAUGUGACAAAAAUAGUUUACAUGUCUCACCUCCUUACAGAAAACGAGAUGUAACAAAUAGGUCUACAGAAGCCUCUCAUCCUGUAGAAGCUGAUAGGGACUUAAUUGAUUGCAGCAAGACGAACCUUAAUAAAGAGCAGUUAAUAAUAAAAGAAAUGUGGUCUAAUACUUGAAAUUGGGCUGUUUGUGGGUUUUCUGUUAGAUCCACAGGGGAGAAAUAAAAAAUAAACAGAAAAAACGUUAUAUAGGUCUACUGCUAUUUCACAACGGAUGCUCAAACCGUUAACUGGUUAUACGUUAGGUCUAUAAUAGUUCUGUUGGCACGCUGACAAAAUGUCUAAUGAUGCUUUUCCACUGGCAUACAGGAACCGACCCGAACCCCAGUCGAACCGCGAAGACGGACUAGCUACAGCGGGGUUCCAGCUCGCUUCGGUUUUCCACUGCAGAAGGGUCGAUUUGGUAAAGGCGUUGCUGGGUUUGGAGAGCGACAGUGAAGUCACACGGCGUACAUCAUUUUUUACUGUGUUAAUUUCCUAAUUUUCUAGCACAUCUGUAAGAAUCGCCGUGUUAUGGUAACAUCAAAUACUAGCUAACGGAAUUAGAAUUUGCUUGCGUGAAUUUGAUUUACGAAUCAAUUCCGUUCAGCUGUUCUAUAGUACAUUACGCCGUUUAUUUUCUUCGAAUAAUACUUGCGCAGAACACUGCUGUCUCCGUGCGUUUCAGCCAAUUAGAUGGUGAUGACGCAACCAGCUGGUGUUGGGCACGCUUUCAAGCCGGGGUGCCGGUCGGGUACUUUACGGUGGAAAAAAGCGAGUUCGUGAUAGGGCUGGGUCAAGGUUUGGUGGCAGUGGAAAAGCGCCAAAAUAGUCAAGCCGUCUUGCUUUAACGAGGCCCUUAUUUUCCCCUUAUCUGUAAAUAUAGCAGUGUGAUGAGCUUCAUUUAACAGUAACCCUGUUUGUUAAUUUUAUUAUUCCAUGGCUGCAGUGCCUUGUCAGACAAGCAUUGUCGGUUUCAAAUGGUCUGAUUGCCGUUAGCACCAUUUUAGUAAAAGAUGUAAAUAAAACAA